CGGCACCCGAAGCGAGAGGGUUAGAGAUUGAUGGAUAUAAGUUCACAUAUACAUAUGUAUAUAUAUACACAAGUGUGUAUAUCUCCUGUAAUUUAUUAUUUUUAUUAUAUGUAGUAUCUACUUUUUCUACAAAGUAUUCUACGUAAUUUAUUAAUUGAAAUAUAAGAUUCGUAGAAAGAUGUGUGAACGAUAACGAGGAAAUCGUGUACAAUAUAGUUAAAGACUUACACAUAACCUCUGUAUCUCUAAUAAUAAUUGAAAUAUAUUCAGCGGUUUUUAACAUGUAUACAGGGCUACAGAAAUCCUUACCAAACUAUUCUACAAGUAUUCUAAAAACUGUUAUAAGAAAAUGUGCGAGUAUCGCGCUGGAUAAUGCGGAAAAUGUAAUAUAUCCUCCUAUUUUGGAUUUAUCCUAUCAUAGUAGGCUUAAGAGGAAACAUGAAAAGUGGCAUAAUAAAAUUAAAAAAUUAGAAACUGUGGAGGAAAAAUUAAUUGGUGUGAAUAUGCCACAUUAUUAUGGUUGGAAAUCAUUAUGUUUAGAAGAAGGAAAAAUUCCAUACAAUUCAUUGAAACAUGCUCAAUACAUUACACGUACUCAUGUUACAAAUUCUAAUAAAUUACCGGACUUUUACGAUUCAAUUAUCACAACUGAAAAAUUAGAUGCUCUGGUACAAACUAUUACAAAACAUAUAGAAAAUGUUAUUAUUUUUGAAUAUAAUCAUAGAUUAAAGAAGCAAGAAAUAACAGAGGAAAUAGAAAAUAUUAAAGAGAAAUUGCUAAACGAUGCUGUUACAAAUGCACUUGUUUUUCAAAUCAAUCGAAUAAUGCUGUCCGCUUUAUCUUCGACGACACCACAUUUAUUGGAAGCUGAAGUAGAUUUUAAACCAAGAAUAGAAGCAUUUUGGCUUGCAGGUGACAUACAACGGCCGACUCUACAGAGAAAAGCAAGAGAGGGAAUAGAACGUUUGAAAGAAUAUGCAAAUGAUCCAAUAAAUAUGCCUGUUCAAUAUGUUGGUUCUCCAAUUCUACAAUUAAGACAUCAAUUUCCUUUAAAGGAGAUUGUUUCUCCAAUAUACUCUACUAAUCCAGAAUUAAGUAUUCCUGAGUUCAAAUUUGAUCCUAGGGUACUAACUUAUAAGUUUUCGUACAAACAUGCAACUAAUAUACCUGGUUUCUGGCCCGGUGAUCCUGCUGAAUUUGGUUUGUUAUCUUAUCACAAUAUAAAUAAUGUAUUUUUUAAUUCAGAGAUUAAGGAUGAAGAAGCAAUUACCGUGCAAGCUAUUUUUGCAUCUUAUAGUUGGUUGUUAUCGCAAGCUUGUUAUCAAGGCUUUUCCACGUUCAACGAUAUAAUAUAUCCAUUAGUGUCGCAAACAAUUUUGACAAACGGUCAAUAUUGGUCUUUCUGUGUUUACCAGUUGAACACCACUUUAUUACAUUGGGAAUAUGCAGAUAACAAUCCUGCGCGUAAUAUAUGUUGGAUAACAGAACCAAUGAUGUUGUUCGAUAAAAUAGAGGAUGGAAAAAUUCAAGGGUUCAACGAAGAUGUUUUAAAAAAAUUGAUCACGUUUUAUAUCAAUAUGCCUGCAGCACGAAGUAAUGAAAAUAUGAAACCAUACUUGGGCGAAUCUGUGAAAUAUGUUGCUGACAUUACUGAUCCCGAACGAAGAGCAUGGUUAGAAACGAGAUUUAAGCACCUUAUGUCUAAUAGACCAAGACAUCAGUUACAGCCUGAAAUAUAUCAUUGGCAGAAAAUAUAUAUGAUUGAUAACGAUACUCGCCCUGUUGAUAAGAAACGUGACCCGUGGCAGUUUGGUUUCUCGGCUGCGAAACGAAGAUUAAAUCAGCAUCAGCCGGCUUAUGUACCAAGAUGUUUAAGAGAAAAUCCGAAAAAGAAAAAAAUAGGCCGUUGGGCGAAAACAUAUUAUCCAAAUGCAUAAACCACUAGACUUAUGUAUCUUGAAUAUAAAUGUUGUAUUAAUAAAAAAUAAAGAGAACAGUUAUCAGUUAAAUUUCAA